AUGCAUUGGUACCAUCAUGCACUCACCUUUGUCUACGCCACCAUCACCUAUUCUGAGCAUCAAGCUUGGGCCCGAUGGUCGCUUGCACUCAACCUUACAGUUCAUACCAUCAUGUACUUCUAUUUCGGAGUUCGAGCACUAAAAAUCGACACCCCACGACCGGUGGCGAAAUUCAUCACAACAAUUCAAAUUACACAAUUCGUGAUCAGCUGUUACAUAUUCGCACAUCUUGUCAUCAUCAAAAGCUAUAAUCAAAUUCCGAACUGUGCUGUAAGCUGGAAUGUCCUAUCAAUCGGUGGUCUCAUGUAUCUCAGCUACCUCUACCUAUUCGCCGAGUUCUUCUACAACGCUUACAUCAAGAAGCGAUCACCAGCAAAAGCAAAAUCUCAGUAA